ACCAUGGUUGGGAUUGGGUGCUGGUGGUGGCGCCGGAGCAACAACUGGCGGUGGAAGUCCUGUGGAACUCGAGGGACACUGGGGAAGAAAAUUGUAUGGGGCGAGUGUUGCACCACCACCACCACCUCCGCAUCAUCAUCCCCGUGCACCACUUGUUUUUGCACCACAGGACAUGAGGCAAAUACUCAAGGAGGAGCCUGUACCACGUGCUUGGCCACAGCCUGCUCUUGCUGACACAGCGUCGGUCGGUGUCGGAAGGGCGCAUUUCGAGAAGCAACCACCUAGCAAUUUGAGGAAAAGUAAUUUCUUCCACUUCGUCAUAGCUCUGUACGACAGGGGUGGCCAGCCCAUCGAAAUCGAGAGGACAGCGUUCAUUGGAUUCGUAGAAAAAGACCAGGAAUCAGAGGGACAAAAAACGAAUAAUGGAAUCCAGUACAGGCUGCAACUGCUCUAUGCCAAUGGUCACCGGCAGGAGCAGGAUAUUUACGUUAGGCUCAUCGAUUCAUCUACUAAACAGGCAAUAAUGUACGAGGGACAGGACAAAAACCCGGAGAUGUGCCGGGUUUUGCUGACCCACGAAGUCAUGUGCAGUCGAUGCUGCGAUAAGAAGAGCUGUGGAAAUAGAAACGAGACGCCCAGUGAUCCCGUAAUCAUCGACCGAUUUUUCUUGAAAUUCUUCCUCAAGUGCAAUCAAAAUUGCCUGAAGAAUGCGGGUAAUCCCAGGGAUAUGCGACGGUUUCAGGUCGUGAUAUCGACGCAAGUCGGCGUCGAAGGACCGCUACUGGCCAUCUCCGACAACAUGUUUGUCCACAACAACAGCAAACAUGGACGAAGGGCAAAGCGGCUGGACCCCAGUGAUCACGGUGAAUACAACAGUUUGUAUCCAGCAUUACCUUUACAAACCCCCUGUAUAAAAGCGAUAUCGCCGAGUGAAGGUUGGACGACGGGUGGCUCCACUGUGAUAAUAAUCGGUGAACACUUUUUCGAUGGCCUCCAAGUUGUCUUCGGUACAAUGCUUGUCUGGAGUGAACUAAUAACAGACCAUGCAAUAAGAGUUCAAACACCCCCACGACAAAUACCAGGUGUCGUUGAAGUAACGUUGUCCUACAAGACCAAACAAUUUUGCAAAGGUUCACCGGGAAGAUUCGUCUAUGUCUCUAUGAACGAGCCGACGAUCGAGUGGGGCUUCUCGAGGUUACAGAAGCUGAUCCCACGGCAUCCGGGCGAUCCGGAGAAGCUACCCAAGGAGAUAAUCCUAAAGAGAGCAGCCGAUCUGGCGGAAGCGUUGUACAGUAUGCCGAGGGCUGGUAACACAGCGAUAUCGGGUGCACCUAGAAGUCCUGGCUCAUCGAGUCAUCCAACAGCACCACCGACAUCGACAUCCAGCACGGCGUUUAAUUCUUACACCGGUCAGCUGGCUGUCACGGUCCAGGAGAAUGGCAGCGCAGCCAAGUGGACAGACGACGGUGGUUCAGUGAGUGCGGGUGGCGGUGGCGGUGGUGGUAGCAGUGUGGGCGGCAGUGCCGACACAUACAGACAGAGCAGUAGCGCUAGUCCACGUGGUGUUGUUAGUGGUGGUUACUGCGGUAGUUCAGCAAGUACGCCGCACAGUCACAGUACGAGCGGCAGUUACUCAGUCGCCAAUCCAUACACAGGGAGUCCAACCCUCUAUACAUCACGGCUAGGAGACGUAGUUGGUUCAACAUUCAACGUGAAUCCAUUUAUGUUGCCAACGUGCAGUCAGGGUUACACUGGUGUAUCGAGUCCACUACUGGCAGCUAAUAUCAAAUAGUACGAGGAGUCAUCGAGCCCCGAGACUGAUGGGAGCCACUGAAAGAAUUCACAACAUUAAUCGUUACUUGUCAAUGCAAUUGCUGCAGUUAACAUCGUAAAAUGACCACCCAGUUGUCAACCAGUUUUGAUGGAAAAUCAUCGAGCGCUACUCAAACGUCAUCUCCAAUGACAUAAACCGUGAGAAAGUACCGAUCAAUCGGCUGUGGACUAUUUUUUAUUUCUACUGUUUUUAUCCUUCGUUGUCUUGCCUCUCGAGAAGACCAACGAAUGACGGACACAUGUGUGCGCUAUACAUAAGACUCGAGUGAUUUUUAGUGGAAAUUGAUGAUACUUCAUGUGUAUAAAAUCAUUGAAUUGAAGAAUUUCAAAACAUAUCGAAAAAUGGGAACAUGUAACAGGGAAAGUGGACGUAGAAUUCAGGUGUUUUUUUUUGGUUUUGUCUCGUGGACCUUCGUCUUUGUGACGUCCGAUCAAUUUAUGCGACUAUUCCCCGGCGUCCACUCGCUUCGGCUUUAUGAAAAUACCAGACAUUUUCUUAAAAGCGUUACGGUGUACGUCUGUAUACUGUUUCUCCAAAAGUCUACUUGGACGAACUAGAGUGCCCGCUGAAGGGACCGAAGGCGAAACUUCAAUAUUUUAUAUGCCAUAUCCCCCCUUUCUGGAUCGCAAGGUUCAAGGGGGGGAGAGGGUAUACGGGAGUUUUCAUGGAGUAUUAAAGACAAAAAAGAGAAUGGCAGAUCCACUAGACAGACAUAUCGCAUAUCAAUAAGACAACUCCAUAGUUUUUCAGGUGGGAAGAGAGAAAUGCGAAUGAUUUUCUACCCAUCCCUCUCUCUAAUUAUCGGAUACUGUCAUUAACUUGAAUUACCAGUGUAAUUUGUAUAUUAUUUGUAAAUAUUGUUGCAAUGUACAAAAAAAAUUAAUAAAUACUAUUAUUGAUAAAAGUAUUCCUGAUGUCUAGGGAUCCAGCGGAAGGAAGGAAAUAUUCGUUUAGAGCGAUUGUAGAUUAACGGUUAUUAAACAGAGGAGAUGAUUAAAAGAAAAUUGUAAAUAAACUUAGAAUGGCCGUAGGCCGUCCGAACAUUGCUGUAUCAGUUCCGCCCUUGAACUUCCAGUGAACGACAUUACCAUUGACUUGUGUAUGAUCGAAGUGAAUAAAUAUCAGAUCGUAAUUGGAAGUUCAAGGGAUGAAUCCGAAGUAUCGGUUUAUGAGAGGAAAUAUAGUUGAAAUUGUUUAAUAAACCCGGUCCGAAUCGAAUUUCUUCACCGAAUCACGAAAGUAUACGAUGCAGAAUUAAUGACUCUUGAAGCACCAGACACAACAGUCGAUGACGUUAUCUCAGUAAAAACGAUUAUCAUUGAAAAUUCAUGGCUAAUUGUUCGUUUUUGCAUAUCGUUGAUGGCGAGUGAAUUUUCACAAUAGGAAGAAAAAUCAUUGUAAUUUCAUUGUAUUAACUGU